UUUACAAAGAUGGAGGAGCUGACGAAGGCGGAGCAGAAAUUGUUCGAGACCAAGGCGAAAGUUUCGCAGGAAGCCGCGCACAUUUUGCUGCAGUUCUCGCCCAAAACCGAUUUGCCACUGCUAUCUUACAACACCGCGAAGCAGUUGCAAGACAUGCACCACGCGGUCACCGACCCGUACAACAUGCCGAAGACUUUCGAGAUGCUCGGGAAUCUGCGCGACCCGUAUUUGUACCCGGAAUCGGCGUACGAGUUCAUGGAGAACAUCCUGUCCGAGCAGUUCGCGUACACCGAGGUGGAAGACGAGGACGACGAGGACGAUAUGAACGAGCCGCUCUUCUUCAGCGAGCCGAAGGUCGCCUCCGUGCAGGUCGGGGGCACCGCCGGGUUUGUUUCCAACGUUUAUCAGCCACAAGCGCUGCCGGGGGCCGGCGUUGCACCUUCUAGGUUCUCGAGUAAGACGAUGUAUUUGAAUGACAUUUACGGAAACGACGACGUCCGGUACGAUCAGGAAACGACAUUUCUCCCUGGGCAUUUCUCGGUGGAGGAGGCGUUGUACGCGGUGACGAGGGAAUUGAUGAUGAAUACGACGUGCAAGAUUAUGUUCUUCAACUUCAUGCUGCGCACGAUCGAGGAUUUGGCCGCGAAAUCCGCACAGUUCGCGGUCGAGGAGAAGGGGCCGGAAUUCUACCAGGUCGAUUGGCACGACGUGGGUGAGGCGAACGAAUCCCUGCCGCCCGACCUCCGGGGGUCCAGCUGUGCGACGAGGACGCUCGUGAAGACUUUCAAGAACCGGAUUAUGAAGAUUGUGGCGCGGGAGCGGCAGAACGGCAUGAAGGAUCUGGUGAAAGAAUCAAGGAUGCGCUUGUUUCCACAUUUGAAGGAAUUAGAAGACAGGAUUGGCAAGGUUGUGGCGGAAGGAGGGAACAAAGGCACAGCAGCUGGAGCAGCAGCUGGCUCUCCCAGCGAAAAACAAGAAGCAGCACCGCAGGAAGAGAAGCGCACUUCGUUUAUCAACGUGGACACUUUGCGCUCGACAACGCGGAGGUUGCGCGCGUGGAUGUUCGGAGGCGAUUCCCCAGAUGUAGAGGAGGAGUCGGCUGGCGCGAAUGCAGCCGCAACCCCCACUGCUGUAGCAACGUCAACAUCUACUACCAAGGCGUCUACUGCGCAAGAAGACCAGCUGAAAAUCCCCCGGUCCUGGGGACCGGCGAUCGACGCGCGGGGCUUGGCAGAGGAGAUUUUGGUGCGACGGGAAUGGAGUUUGGAGCAACAUGCGCUCUCGCCUACGAGCAUUUUCCGGGUGGUGGCGCCGGAAGCCUGGCGCAUGGCGACGGGGGUGGAUCUGUACGACCAGUACCGAAGCAUGCGGAAAAGGCGCGAGUUGCUCCGGCUUCCGGGUCCCGAAGGAGAACAAACAAGCUCUUCAAUCCAGCCUGUCAUCCCCGUCCUCGACGAGAGUUUUGACGACCCACUAUCCGAAACCUCCCUGCGCCGCCGCGCCAUCGAGAUUCUCGCGCUCGACGCGUCUUCUCUACCGGACAACAGUCGGGAAGUCGCGACGUUGGUCGAAUCCCUGCGCUACAACAGCAUGCGGAACAUCCAGGAGAACCGGCUGCUGGAGGAGAAGUCCGAGGAGGAAAAGAGAAGAAAGCUGCAGACCCUCGGGGUCGCGAAUUCCAAAAACGACACGAUCUCCUUUCGCGGGGAAUCCAUCCUGCUCGACAGCAACCAGGUGCUCACGGUCACGCAGUACGAGAUCUCCGAGGUGCCCUACUUCGCGAUUCCGAAGGUGGACCGGGAUACGAAGGCGCUCUGUCGCUUCUGCGACCCGGCGAAGGAGGAGUUACUCCCUGGCGCUUUUGUCUACGACAACGUCAACUGCCCGGUUUGCGACUACCACUACGAGUACCGCUCGCUGAAGUGCCCGAAGGGAACGGAGUCUCUGUUCCGCUCGUCCCAGCCAGACGACUGCAAGCAGACGGGGACGGUUAUUGCCGCGAUGAACGCGUACGUUUGUUACCCGCCGCGCAUCUGUUGGGAGACCAACUACCGUCGCGAGAUGGAGAACAAGCCGCGGCCCGAGGGCGAGGCGCUAUACAUCCCGAGCACCGAGGAGUUCUGCGGCCCUCGGCUCCCCGUCUCCGCUUUGUGCGGCAUGAACUACCCGCAAUUCCUCACCGGGGGCAUGCAGCCCCUGGAGGCGGUGAAGGCGAACCCGAUGAUCAAGAAGUCCUUCGUGUGGGGAGACCCGCUGCCGAAUAGUAACAAGGUGGUGACGUUUUUGGGUUACGACCCGGACAUCGAGUGUGUCGAGUUCCCCAACGACUGUACGUGGCCGAUCCAGAAGGUGUCCAUGCAGCCCAUGGACAUGAUCGUGCUGCAGAUGAACUUCACGAAGGUGCACCAGGAUAUCCGGUACAACGCGCAGGGCGGUGGACAUUACCUGAUCUACAUCAUGACCAGCUCCUUCGAAAAUCUGCUCUUGUCCGAGGGCUCGACUGCAAGAAAUAGGCUAUUGGCAGGUCACGCCCUGCCCCCGUACUUCAAACGCGAGCGAAAUGAUAAGUUGCACCACUACUUCGAGAUCAAGGUCUUCGCCCUGUACGCGUUAGAUAUCCGCGUCGAGAUCCAUUUAUUGCACGGCAUCCACUUACCGCGACUCGCUUCGUUCAACGAGACGAUAGAUUUGAAACUGUACUCCCCCUUCCGGACCUGGGCGGGCACGCGGAAGUUCUUCAUUGCGUUGCUGGACAAGGAUUUACUGAACAACGGGGAGUACGAACUGCCCUACAACAUGCCGCCCGACCAAGCGAACGUCGCGAAAACCGGGGAGAAACAGAUCCUGAUCGACUUGGCCCGGUACGAGUCCCCGGAUUUCAACAACGAGCCGCAGAACGUGCUAAACGAUGGUGAAGAGGACGCUUUGUUCUCCCUGCAGACCCAAAGUAACAUCUUCUGGAACGUGGAGCGGAUUCAGACGGUGGCGAUGAGCUGGAUCCCGUUCUUUUCGAACUGUGAGGACUAUGACAGCCACAUCGUGUUCUGGGACUUGCUCGAACAGCCGGAGGGGAGGUUGGACAAGAAGCGCGGGCGCUGCGUAUCCUGAGUAAAAACGUACCCACCCCAGAGUCGAGAUGGGGAAUUUGCAACACAAACCUAGGAGUUUUAGGAGUCACGCGUGACAAGUUUCAGUCCGUAAGGUAGUGCAAGUUAGCAAGGAAAGCCGCAUCACAAAUCCACCCUCUGAUCCUGUUUACAGCAUUACAAGUUCCAAAACACGAUUGGAAAUGGCUCUCAUGGGGAUGCGCAUCACAAAUGUUCCUGUCGUGGCAAAUCUGCAUGACAACUAUGGCGUGGGUACGUUUUUACUCAGGAUACUGCGACGUCGAGGAGCCGGACGAGGAGGCGUGUCCGAACGCGGCCGAGGGGCUAUGCAUUGCAAAUAUGUCUGGGUCUGGAAUAAAAGUGGAAUUUGAAUUUGUAUUGCGUGUCUUGCAUUCCUAGAAAAUCUGCGUUGCGUGAGCAGCAGCAGAGCCGCUUCCUUUGUCAUGCGAAAACGCAAUUUGUAAUGCGUGCUAGACAUUAGAAAGCGUUUAAAAAACUUGCCAUGCGUGGCUGCCAUGGCAGGCGUUGCAAUUAGCAGCGAGUCUGCAUCACAGGUUUCCAGACCGAGACAUAUUUGCACUGCAUAGGGGGGCCAGGAUGACGAUUGCGAAAUUUACGAUAAGGACGAGGUGAAGCCGGUGGCAGAGUUGUUCUUGGACUUCAACACGAUGGAGAUCAUCAUCGAGCCCACGGCGGACAACUGCGAGUUUGUGCUGAAGUGCAGCUACGAGGAAGAGAAGUCCGAGGAUAACAUGAAUACCGUCUGGCGCGAAAUCGAGGAGGAAGAAACCAGCAUCUACUACAUCACCCGCGAUCCCAUCGAAUACGAGAUCUACAUGGAACCGUCCGACUUCUGGGAAGAAAAUUUCCUCGGCACCGACGACUUGGUCCCCGUGGGCUUCGGCGCGGAGGAGCGUGAGGGGCCGUACCCGCGGCACGUCACGUUCAACAUGGACUUCUACCAGAUGACGCCAGGGAGGAAGCGGUUAAUCGGGGCGGAGAUGUCCUUAGGCGAAUUCGACGACGACGAUGCGGAAGUUGGGUACUGGCUAUUGAUCACGUUUUACCAAAAGGAAAAAUCCCCCCUCCCCAUAUCAAACCGAAGUUUCUGAUGCUGGAUUUGCGUACUCAAAUCAGAUCUGUCUUGCUGGCGAGGACUGCAGGCUCCUGCCGAGCCUGAGUAGAGAGCUUUUGGCCUAGACGCUUAGCAUGAGAAACGUCUAUGCUGUAGGCCCAACAGCAUGACAAACCGCCUGCAUAGUGCGGCAGAGCCUGCGGAGUUGUCUUCUUGCAAGACAGACUUGAUUUGGGAUCUCAAAUCAGCAAGACAAAUUUUCGGAAACAUACCAACCUUUUCGAUAUGGGGAGGGGGGAUUUUUCCGCUCAAUACGUUUGCCGCCAUGGACUGGCCCGACCUGAUGAACAACUUCCAGCUCGGAACGCCGGUCUACAUGGUGCUCUAUGCGGUCGUGGGUCUCGCCUCCGUCUUUAUGUGUGUUGCGGCCUGGUGCAUGGUGCGGCUCGGGUCGAAGAACAUGCGGCAGCCGCCCGUCGAUUUGUUUGAGUCGUAUGAGUUUAUGCUCUUCUGGCCGCUCCAGGGGGUUUUGAUCGCGUCCGUGCCGGUCAUGGUCUUGUUCGGGAUAAUUGUAAUGAUCACCGAAGUGGACCCCACCAGGACGGUGCCCUGCGAGUUCAUCCGCCUCGACGAGAUGGGUGCAAUUGUGGAUAAAAAAUGUCUCCAGGGGAGGUCCGGGGUGUCGUUCUUCCUUGCUGGCUUCUUUAUGCUCUGGUCGGGUUCGAAACUCAUCGUCCCGAAGUUGCGGGUGGAAGAAAGUCAGUACUUGCUCACGCAAAACACGGUGAGACUCACGACCACAGAACUCAUCCCCGUUCCGCCCGCACAGAAGACUCUCGUGGAGCAACUCCCGAUCCGGUGGAAGCGGUGCCACCUGAUCUGGUGCUCGAUGCUGAUCACAUUACCCCUGGUUGUAAUGUUGGAGUUUUCCUACGCCGGAUUUUUCGGAGAAAACGCCGUCGAAUUUAUCGUCGGAUUUCGCGUGUUAUGCAUUGCAAAAGCAUCGUACUCUGCAGUACCAAUAGCACUUGAAAAAAAUUAGAGCCUGUCAUGCGCGAUCACGUAUAGAAAAAAAAGCAGAUCUACUGUCAUGUCUUCCGACUGCUAUCAGUACGAGCGCGAUACUUUUGCACACUGGAUAGCCGUUCAUGAUGUUCACGGAGGGAGUUUUGUCUAAAGCAGUUCGGGAAGCCCUGCUCGUCGGCCCGUUGUCCGCGGCCUGCGAGGUCGUGUUGUUUGUGGCAACAAUGGGUGCCGAUGAUUUCAUGGACUUCAUUGACGGUUACUUCACCGAGUUGGUGCUGGCCAUUGGGGAGCGGCUGUUGCUCGGAUCGAUCAUCGCAUUAGUGGACGAAACCGCGGCGGCUGCGAUCAAGUGGGUGCGCAGCAGGGGCUGGUACUGGAUGGUCAGGUCGAUUUUCAAAUCGGAACGAGUUGGCGGAAAGGGCGGAGGAAUCAUCUACAACGUGAAUGACCCGGACGAUGCGGAUUCUCAGGCCGAGGAAGAAGACGAAGAGGAGGAGGAAGAAUACGAAAGGAGAUUUCAAUUCUGAUAUUUUUGUCCUGAGGCUGAGCUGAUGUGCUUGUGACCAAAAGCUGCAAAGUGAAAGUUGAACUGCGUUGUUCCAAUCUGAUUCACUUAUGGCUUGCUUUGCAGAAUAAAGGAAAAGGCUACGAUGAUCCGCCGCUAGGGUCGUGACUACAAGUACUGACUUCUACUUUACACAGCUCAUAACUUCACGAGCCAGCAGCAGCAUUGGGCGUCCAGGAUGAAAACUACGCAUUUCCUUUCCAUACCCCGGACGAAGAGGAAGAAGAGGAUAUGGGAUUCUCAAAUGUUACAUUCUCGGCUGUUACAUGAUUUACCAUGCAGAAUGGUCAUCGGCAUCGGCGCGAUAAAGCUGGCGCGCGUGACAAAUUCAAAGUCUCGAAGGGGUAAGUAGCAUGGAAGUCCCUUGCAAAUUUGUAUACGCAAGAGGCGCAAAGUACCCCCACCCAAUUUUGCUACUCUUGCAGUGCAAAUUCAUGUAACAGCUGUGAGUGUAACGCUUGAAAAGUCCAUAGAGGAGGAGGCGGUCGUGGAAGAGGCCAUGGAGGAGCACAUCGGUGGUGGUGGCGCGGUACGCAUCGCAAAUGUGUCUGUGUCUGGAAUCACGAAUCGCAUUUGUGAUGGUAACUUUCGACUAAAGACAAAGACCUGCAUUGCAUAACAAGCAACAAUGGAAUGCACUAGAUUGUUGCCGCUCGGACGAGGCGUUUCUCGUGCAGGAUAGACAUGAGCAAGUCUUCGCUUGUUUACCUCUGAUGCUGGGACAUGCAUCACCGUCUUCGCGGGCGGUCAUGUAAAAUCUAAAUCUGCAUAUACAAUCUUCCAGAAGUAGGUUCAGAGUACAUUUGCAAUGCAUAUGCGGCCAUGGCGUUGAUCCUUUCGCCGAUCGUGCUGGUCGCGAUCUUUAUCUUCCCGCUGACCACGGAAAUCCCCGCGCAGUACGGAAUCAGAAUCGGGGACUUGAUCUUUUACAUGUUGUUCGGUAUUCUGAUGGCCCCGUUUCAGGUGAUGAUGGACAUCAUUCUGAACAACGCGGUGGAGAUCCAGGCCGGGGUGAAGAUCUUUGACUACAUGAUGUACGCGAAAUACCGAUGGAGGAACCGGUACUGACUUUAUUUUUAUUUGCGAGAAUGAAUUUGCUGGGCUCGCUAGCAUCGAUCUGCGGGUAGGAGGGGAGGGAUCCAAAAAUCGUGAGGUAUCAAAGUGCGUCAUACCGUGGGGAAAAGGCCUUCUUAAUCGCCAAAAUUACAAUUUUCGUUUUGGACCCAAAACCGCGAGGGGGCAAAGUGCGUCAGAGCGUGCGGGGAAGCUGAUGUUAUUGUUGCGUUUUUUUGGGCUUGCUGGCACUCGGGAAGGCCGGGGUGGCCCAAAAUCGUGAGGGGGCAAAGUGGCCGACAGCAUCGGGGAUAGGCUUUCCUAAUCGCGAAAUUUGCAAUUUUUGUCCCGGGCCCAAAACCGCGGGGGGGCAAAGUGCGUCACAGCAUGGGGAAUAGCUCAUCUUAUUCCGAAAAAUUGCUGGCGAUGAGAUUGGCAGGGGACCCAAAAAUCGUAAGGUAUCAAAGUGGGUCAUACCGUGGGGGAAAGGCCUUCUUAAUCGCCAAGUUUGCAAUUUUGGUUUCGGGCCCAAUACCGCGAGGGGGCAAAGUGCGUCACAGCGUGCGGGGAAGCUGAUCUUAUUGUCCCGUUUUUUUGGGCUCGGUGGGACUCGGGGAGCCCGGGGUGGCCCAAAAUCGUGAGGGGGCAAAGUGGGCGAUAGCAUCGGGGAUAGGCUCUCCUAAUCGCGAAAUUUGCAAUUUUUGUCCCGGGCCCGAAACCGCGGGGGGGCAAAGUGCGUCACAGCAUGGGGAAUAGCUCAUCUUAUUCCGAAAAAUUGCUGGCUUCGCCAGCAGCUGAGAUUGGUAGGGGACCCAAAAAUCGUAAGGUAUCAAAGUGGGUCAUACCGUGGGGGAAAGGCCUUCUUAAUCGCCAAAUUUGCAAUUUUGGUUUCGGGCCCAAUACCGCGAGGGGGCAAAGUGCGUCACAGCGUGCGGGGAAGCUGAUCUUAUUGUCCCGUUUUUUUGGGCUCGGUGGGACUCGGGGAGCCCGGGGUGGCCCAAAAUCGUGAGGGGGCAAAGUGGGCGAUAGCAUCGGGGAUAGGCUCUCCUAAUCGCGAAAUUUGCAAUUUUUGUCCCGGGCCCGAAACCGCGGGGGGGCAAAGUGCGUCACAGCAUGGGGAAUAGCUCAUCUUAUUCCGAAAAAUUGCUGGCUUCGCCAGCAGCUGAGAUUGGUAGGGGACCCAAAAAUCGUAAGGUAUCAAAGUGGGUCAUACCGUGGGGGAAAGGCCUUCUUAAUCGCCAAAUUUGCAAUUUUGGUUUCGGGCCCAAUACCGCGAGGGGGCAAAGUGCGUCACAGCGUGCGGGGAAGCUGAUCUUAUUGUCCCGUUUUUUUGGGCUCGGUGGGACUCGGGGAGCCCGGGGUGGCCCAAAAUCGUGAGGGGGCAAAGUGGGCGAUAGCAUCGGGGAUAGGCUCUCCUAAUCGCGAAAUUUGCAAUUUUUGUCCCGGGCCCGAAACCGCGGGGGGGCAAAGUGCGUCACAGCAUGGGGAAUAGCUCAUCUUAUUCCGAAAAAUUGCUGGCUUCGCCAGCAGCUGAGAUUGGUAGGGGACCCAAAAAUCGUAAGGUAUCAAAGUGGGUCAUACCGUGGGGGAAAGGCCUUCUUAAUCGCCAAAUUUGCAAUUUUGGUUUCGGGCCCAAUACCGCGAGGGGGCAAAGUGCGUCACAGCGUGCGGGGAAGCUGAUGUUAUUGUUGUGUUUUUUUGGGCUCGCUGGCGCUCGGGGGGCCCAAAAUCGUGAGGGGGCAAAGUGGGCCAUGGCAUCGGGGAUAGGUUUUCCUAAUCGCGAAAUUUGCAAUUUUUGUCCCGGGCCCGAAACCGCGGGGGGGCAACGUGCGUCACAGCAUGGGGAAUAGCUCAUCUUAUUCCGAGAUUUGUUGCAUGUGGGAUCGCUGAUGUUAUUCCGAGAAUUUGCUCGGCUUGCCACAAUCCCCAACCCCAUGCCUGAAAAGUAAGGAAACCCAAAACCCCGUUGUAUUUUGCCACGUUGUGCUGUGCCAAACCCCACCACAGGCUGGUCCGCUGGAUGUUCGACGACCCGCGGUUCGAUCGUACCGUGAACGAGACCGUGCAGUCGGUGAACCACCUGUGUUUCUCGCCGCAGUACUACUUCAUCCAGUGCUACUUCACCUGGGGCAUUGUGCUGAUCAUCCUGGCGAUCACGGUCAUGUGCCGCGCGCAGUUCAACCCGUUGGAGGACCCGGCGUUUGGGUACUUUAUGCAUUACAAAUAUGUCUGGGUUUGGAAGAAUGCAAACUUGUGAUGCGCCUUUCACAACACAUACAGAUCUCUCAUGCAUAGGCAGCAAGCGUUGCCCACUUUCUGUCACCAAAAUGGGGUAUUUGUCACGCGGAUUCUGCAUUGUGGAAGCAAAGCUUCUCGAAACCUGUGAUGCUAGAGCUUCCAUGCCAGACCUUCUGCGUCAUGCAAAAACAGCAUGACUCUUCCAGACCCAGACAUAUUUGCAUUUGAUAUACUUCGUUUUGCAGCAGUUCUUCGCCAACAGGAUGCUGGAUAAGCUGGUCCGGUUAUCGAAAGGAAAAAUCCCCCCUCCCCAUAUCAAAACGGAAUUUCUGAUGCUGGAUUUGUGUACACAAAUCAGGUUUGUAUUGCAGAGAGGCACUGCGGCCAGAUUCCCAGGCGCUAGGUAGGGGCGUAUGGGUCUAGUUGUUCAGCAUGGCAAGCGGGUCACUUUUAGGGCCAAUAGCAUGACAUAUCGCUUCCAUAAUGGGGCGGAAGCUUCUGCCCUUGUCUUCUUGCAAGACAAAUGUGAUUUGUGGCCCCAAGUCAGCAACGCAAAUUUUCGGAAACGUACCGUCUCGAUAUGGGGAGGGGGGAUUUUUCCUCUCAAUACCGGUUCAUUUCCUUUUUGAUCUGGCAACCGCCGAAGGCCAGCGUCGCGGCGAAGAAGUUUUACCGGGAGGUGACGCGAAAUUUGAAGGUAAAGCAGCAGGAAUACCAUUCCCACCAGUGGCGAAGCACGUUCUACAGGAAACACAAGCACUGGAUCCUGCAGAACUUGGAUUUGGUACAGCUAAUUUAGGUUCUAUUCAGACUUGUGAUAGCAACAGCACUCACUGUCACAUUGAUUUCUUUUCAACCCAUUCGCGAGGGUGGUGUGGUGGUGUUUUCAUGCAGUGUAUGGGUGGAGAAGGAGAACGAGGAGGAACACCACCACCAGCCCGGAGCGUUAAAGGCAGGUGGAAGAUGUUGACCGGUAGUGCGACAGAUUUUCCGUGAAUGCGAGGGUGUUAUGUACUUGUAGAAGAAAAAAACUUCACAAAACGUCUUUCUUUGCUUUGAAAAUUGCAACUAUGCGUGGAUGUAGUAGAAGAAAUCAAAAUCACGGGAAUCAGGUGCGGUUUGAGGAUGAUCUCAACAUGCAAAAACCGCUUCUGGCCGUAAACUCUGAUUUUGCAUCUAAAAACCAGCUGUAUCAGCUGCGGAUUCGGAAGGAAAAUGGAUACAGUUUCAGGCUCAUGUCACCGAGCGGCGGAUCCGGCAGCACGUCAGAUUCCCUGAAGCCUCCACAAUGCUUUGAAGUUGAUGAGACGUCAAUGUUUUGUCCUUAAUAAAAAUAAAAUUUUAAAACUUCGCGGAUUUGCUUCCGCGAUAAAAAUAAAAUUUUGAAAUUUCGCGGAUUGGACUCACUACAUUUCAUGUUUCUCAACUAUGAAAUAAGCAAACGUCAAGGCGUGGGUGAUGGUUCUGGUGACUCGUUCAGCGCUUUUAUUGAUUUUCGUAUCAAUAAAAAUAAAAUUUUCAAAUUUCGCGGAUUGUUCUCCACGAAAAUUGUUGAACUUCAAGCAUAAACCACACCCAGAUGCGUGCUGGAAGCGUAUUGGCGAGUAUUGAUGAGCUCAAGUGAGCGCUUUGAAGCUGCUGGAGCUUGUUCGACUGGGGAUAAAAGCUAAAUUUUUAAAUUUCGCGGAUUUUCGACAUGAAUAAAAAUAAAAUUUUGAAAUUUCGCGGAUUGGAACUCCCUAUCCGACUUCUCGUCGCUGCGCGCCUACAAGCUCAUUACCCUCGGUCGUCCUCAUCGCCUCCUUCGAUGCGGUGAAGAAGAGUGCUCACUUCGGACCAAUUCCGAGCACACGCUCGGUUUUAGCUCGGAAAUCGCACUUGCACGCCGGCGAAGCGAUAUAGCGCAGUUUGUAUGUGGGUUCUGUAUACUAGGGUGGAGCUACUAGUACAACGUCACUGUUGUGCAAAAAUCCACUUUGUUCAUUCAGAUUCGGAAAAAUUUAAUAUCAUAGGUCUUCACUCCGCGUUCCAUGCGCCGGUACCGCAACGUUCUGGAUGACGCGUACCAGAAAGUUCUCAACCUUUCCGAUGAGAAACAGUACUCAGUGAUUCGGCAGAAAGAAGAGAGAAUAGAGACCGAAAACGUCGCCUCGCAGGACAUGGUGCGCGAUGAGGAUCUGUCGGCGCUGAUCAAGAUGGGCCAGAAGAACCUACCCAUUCUGGAUAUCGACCGACAGAUGGCCGAGGAGGCUCUGGCACAGGAAAGGAAAGAGCAGUGGGCGUUGUACCCGAUACCCGGGUUCAAGGAAGAGCGAAUGGAAGAGGAAAAGGUAGAAGAUUUGCAUAGUAGUUUUUUUUUCCUCUUAUUUUGCAUAUAUUUAUGAAAAACACAAAGUGACACUUGUAAUUUUCUUUCUUGACGACCUUGUUGGUUUCCAAUCUAUCAGGCAAAAAUUACGCGAAAAAAAUCCACCUCCAUCAGAUCAUGCCUCUCGCCGGUCUGUCUCUCGUGUCCUGGCUCCGGACCGCGCGCAGACACGUGGAGAUGCUUCGAUUGGCCGAAAAGUGGCGCACGGAAACAGAGCUGCUGGACUACUGCGAGACGUGCGGUGUCCGUGGGGACGAUCCACGGGCGAAUCAAGAGAACGAUUCCCCCUGGGCGCCACUUGGGCCGAAGCUGAGGAUGUACGAUUUCCACGACUUACCCGCGUUAGUUGCGAGGUUCGAGGAAAGGUAUUGCGGUCAGUCGAGCGAGGAUUUGAUCGACCAGGCGGACAUCCAAGCGCUCGGACUGCCCGGUGGAGAUUUGCCAAAGGAAAUCUUGGCCAUGACGCUAGAGUCGAAUUCGGUAAUCGAUCCGUAUGCCGCCAGUCUCAAUCCCAACGCCGCGCAGAUGGAGGAGGAGAAGGGAGUAGAAGGGAAGUUGGCCGAUAUCUUCAAGAAAAAGGAAAACGAGAUGGACGCCGAGACGAAGGAACAGCACCGGCAGUACGUCGAGGAGAUGCAGAGACAGGCAAACGAGGUCUUGCAGAAAAAACUCGAUCAGGGUGGCAACACGGUGGACGGCGCCAUGUACAACGGGGCGACAUUCAACCCGCUGCUGUGGAAGCAGUAUCUCACUAGGCAGCAUCUGUUCGCGACGUUGUGCUGGCGGUGCGGACAUGUUCUCGGUUUGGUAAGAACCCCCACGGCGUCUGUCGCAUCGGAAGACGCGGAUGAGCCCGAGGAUCCGGAGAUGAGCCGGCAGCUGAUGAGCUCCGACAGCGACGAGGACGAAAACGUCGACGAAGUCGCGGAGGUCUUCCCGGAAUGGCUGGAAGUGCACAUUGCGGCGAAGACACGCGAGCAGAUGUUGCUGUGGAGUCGGUUGGCCAAACAGAACCUGCGGGAAAGGAAGAGGUUGGCAUUGAUGGACAAGACGUGAAAAAGAAGCGUCAGAAAGAAAAAGAUCAAUACGUAGGACUACACGCUAGUCUACAAAUAAGAAAGAGCUUCAGUUUCCAGUUUCUCAUAAUUACUAUUCGUUUCGUUCCUAAGUGUUGAUGUAGCACGUAAAGGCUGUGUCAAAAAAAGAACUACCCGUAGUUCUACCCGUAGCGCGGUUUCACAGUCUUUUUGAGGUGAUCCGACGUGAUCGCAGUUCGCGAAAUUUUACGUAUGGCUUUGAUGCAAACAGCGUCGUUACAGUUUCAAAUUAGUGCAGUGUCUGAAAGAGAAGUUGCGUUUCAAGGAUUGAUUUUAGUGACCCAAAAAAAGAAAGGAGAGCGAAGAAGGACCGCUCUCCCUCUUCAUGCACUAUGAGCGCCGUAUUCUUUAUCUUUUCUCUUUUAAAACUCUAACUCAUCAAGCAGCAAGAAGACACGAUCUAUUAGAGAUUCUAUUUUCAUACAGAGCGCAGCGCCAGCCGUGCUGGCAGUGCGUGGAAUGGCCAUGAGUGAUACUUCUUUGGAUUUUGCAUCAGCAACUGCUUCAGGGCAUGCAUUGAAAAUUCGCAGUUGAACAGUAAAAAAUCUGUUUCUGCCACGUAGAUAAAGAUCAGUGGCAAAACGGCAAGCAGUAGCUGCAGCUGCAUUGCGCUGGCACAGUAGUCGCUAGGCCGAUUCCUAGAAAACGACCUCAGCGGCGGUGCCGGUGCACCGCCAGCUAGUUGCUGCUAACUAGUCCGUAAGUGAUAAAACUUCUUCUUGAUACGAUUUAAUAUACCAGAUUGAUCAGUGCUAUAAUAAUACCUUUUUCGUUUCGUACUCGUAGCUUUGAUGAGCAAGAUAAGCCGCGGUUUGGUUGGAAGAUAAACGCACAAAGUAUGGUCCAUGAGGAGAUUUUUUUGAAAUUCUAACUCUUCAUCGCUCCGUCUCCGUACUUAUCGUGGUUUC